UUUCUGUCAGCUCGAGGUCACAUGUGUGUUUAUUAUGGGAUGUUCAAUGGAGAGGAAUGGAACGAACUUCAAAAAGAGACUUUCACCAAUCUCCAAGAAAAUUUUAAAAAUGAGAAGUAUCAUGUGGAAAGGGAGUUAAUGGUAUUGCCGAAACUUCAGCUGUUGGAUUGUAGAAGUCAAGGCAUUCUAGCUCCAGGACAGCAUCAGCUUCCAUUCAGAUUUGAAGUCCCCACUUCUUUGCCCUCCUCCUUCAAGGGUGAUCAUGGCUUCAUCACAUACUGGAUAGAGGCCUCCAUUGACCAGAGGCCAUAUGGAGCUGACAUCACAUGUCGGAAGGAUUUCCAGAUACAUGGCUUGUUUGACUUGAAUCAAUCUCUGUCUGCCUUGUCUCCGUGUGAGGAAAAAGGUGAAGAUUCCAACUGCUGUUUUUGUUGAGCCACUGGAUCAUACAGUUAUAAGAUUAUUUUACCAAAGAAAGGGUUCGAAAGGACAGAAACAAUCAGACCAGUUAUUGAGAUGACAAAUAGCACACAAGCCUCUGUUGUUGCUGAGCUAAAAUUCAGUAAGAGUGUUCAAUAUACAGUCAGAGGGCAAGUAUGGACUGGUGACUUUGUAGUUCUGAAAGAAUACUCUCACAAGGUGCAACCAGGGGUGGAUGAAGUCUGGACACCUGACAUAACACUUGGAGAUCAGCUCCUGCCAUCGCAGGUCCUGCCCUCCUGUAUAGAUGUCAUUUACUCACUGCAUCUGGAGCUUGAACUCAGUGGCUGCAAUUGUGAUCAAAUGGAUACAGUAAUCGAGAUUAUGAUUGGUGACUUAAAUGUAGAAUUUGGUGGCACCCGUCUGCCGGUGAUGACGCAACCACAACCACAAACCUAUAUCUACGAGCAAGUUGACUUAACAGCAGGAGCUGGUGGUGGACCAGAACGUCGGCCUUUACUGCCUGCUGGCUAUCCCCAGAAGGGAGGGAUCCCUCAGACUGGCUACUAUCAGGGCUACUCAGGUGGUCCAGGACCUCCCAUAAUCCAUCAGCCAGCUGCUCCCAGUGCUCCACCUGGUGGCAAUGAACCACCACCUCCGAGCUACUCUGAAUGUAUCCAGAUGUCCGUGCUGUCUGGACCUGGGGACCCAUCAGCUCCUCCUGCUGGUCAUCCUGCAGGAUUCCCGCAGGCUGCAGCUUCUCCGUACUCUCCUCCAUCACAGAGCUACGUGUAUCACCAACCAGAGCAGGAGAAAUACUCAUGAUCAAGUGCAACAUACAUCAUGGAUUUAUUUGACCUGAUCCCAGGCCUGGUAUAUAGCCCUACAUCUUCAGCAAUAUUCAGAAAAAAAUCACAAAAUGGAAUAAUAACAUUUCAAGUCAUGUUCAUACAUUCUGCCCAAAGGAAGCUAAACAGCACCCAGUUUGUUUAUGUGACUAUAGUCAAUCUGUUAUGGAACACAGCCUUCCAGUUGUGAGUGGUCUUUGACUUACUUGGAGUAAUAUCAUAUGAGAUGUCCUAGAUUGGUGGGAUCAAGAUGUGUUUCAGUUUCAGGACCAGUGAAGAGGAAGAGGCUUUAAAACACCUCUGAAUCUAAGAACUAUAGCAAAUAUCUCCACUGGACUGACACGUGAAUAGAGAGUGUUUUCGCUACUUGCUACAAACAUCAGUGCUAGGUUCCAGUAAAUUAGGAAAGAGUUGUUUUUUCAGCUCCUAGUUUUUUUUGGAAUAGUUAAUCAUAAAAAUACCUUUCUUGCAUGCAAAUCACUUUUGUAUAUUGUAUGUCAGCUGACAGGAUACAUUCAAAAUGUGGAAUUGUAACUCAGAAUAGAUUACAUCACAAAUCCAUACUAUUUUAGGGCAAGUAUGGCGGUAUAUCCUGUGCUGUUAGUCGAGAAGUAGUCAUGAUAGGAAUUACUUACUUCUGACAUGUCUUCCUGUGUCAUGUGUCUACAGCAUUAGAAUGAUUGGUUGCAUGUGACUUGGACAUAAGCUCAUUAACCAUUGUGGACCAUCUGCUAUAAUCUGUUCAGAAUCUCUCUCUGGCCUGUGAGUUACUGAUACCUGUCAACCUUUGGAGGCAUCUGUUGAGUUAAAGUGACAAGUCCACUGAGAAAGUGUUAUCCAUUAUAACAUGUGUUACAAGUCAUUCAGGAACUGGUUGAAAACAUGGACCUGUUUUAUUAUUUAUUCAAGAUUUUUCAAAACUCUCUUUAUGAAUAUUAUUGUGUUACUGUAUGUCAUGUUCCUAUAUCUUGAUGUGUUUUUAGGAAGAUUAUUAUUUUUCCUUAUCCUGACUCAUGCUUAAUUGCUUGUCUCUUUCUUCUUGUGAAUGAUAGUGGAACAC